AUGAAUGCACCUGCUGAUGUCCAGGAGAAAUUGCGUGCCUUACUUCAUCAGAUGGCUCUUAAUAGUGGCUCUGCCAAUGGAAAAGAGCCAAAGUCAAUGGAGGAGCACAAGUUCUGGAAGACGCAGCCUGUUGUGAAGCAUGAUGAGGUUGUUGACGAGGAUGGAGCAAUCGAGCCAGAUGUCCCACUGGAUCAAGUUCGUGCUACUCCUUAUCCUUUGCCGAAGGAGUUUGAGUGGUCAUUAGUCAAUGUAGAAGAUGAUAAGGAGAUCAAGGAGCUAUAUGAGCUUUUGACACUCAACUAUGUGGAAGAUGAUGAUGCCAUGUUCCGAUUUGACUACUCGGCAGAGUUCUUGAAGUGGGCUCUGUUGCCUCCAGGAUGGAAGAAGUCGUGGCAUAUUGGUGUUCGUGUAGCCUCAAACAAAAAGCUUGUUGCCUUUAUCAGUGGAAUCCCUCAGGAUGUCCGUGUUCAUAACAAUGUUAAGCGCAUGGUCGAGAUCAACUUUUUGUGUAUCCACAAGAAGCUCCGCAGCAAGCGUUUAGCUCCUGUAUUGAUCAAGGAAGUGACACGUAGGACACAUUUGGAGGGCAUUUUCCAAGCUGUUUAUACUGCAGGAGUCGUUCUUCCAAAGCCGAUGGCCACAUGUCGUUAUUUCCACCGAUCACUUAACCCCAAGAAGCUGGUCGAGACUGGGUUUUCACAGUUAGGACGUAACAUGACAAUGGCUCGCCUGAUCAAACUGUACAAAAUGCAGACUCAGACGAAUACACCUGGAUUGAGACCUAUGGAAGAAAAGGAUGUUAAAGCAGUAUCGACAUUAAUGAACAAAUACAUGUCUCAUUUCAAUUUGGCACCUCAUUUUGGAGAGGAAGACGUCCGUCAUUGGCUUAUCACUCGUCCUGGAGUCGUCUGGGGUUAUGUUGUUGAGGAUCCGGAAACAAAAGAGAUUACGGAUUUCUUCUCGUUCUACUCACUUCCAUCGACUGUCAUCAAUCACACGACGCACUCGACGUUAAAUGCUGCUUACUGUUUCUACUAUGCUGUGCAAAUACCGGAUGAAGAAUUAAGUAAGAUUGCAGAUGUGAGUGAACGCGAAGCUGCGCGUGACAAGGCGAUCAAGGACCGUCUGACUGGAUUGAUGCAGGACGCUUUGAUUUUAGCGCGCCAGAAUGAUUUCGAUGUCUUCAAUGCUCUCAAUCUGAUGGACAAUUCGCUGUUUAUAGAUGAUUUGAAGUUUGGCCCGGGCGAUGGAUACUUACACUUUUAUCUUUACAACUGGAGGUGUAGAGAAGUUGAAAGCAAGAAGGUCGGACUAGUUAUGUUGUAA